GGCUCAGGCAAAUCCAUUAUUGUCAUUAGUGCUUGCCCAUUUAGCCCUUUGAUAUUUCGCAAUUCAUCAUGGCCAAGAAGACCGCCAUUGGGAUUGACCUCGGCACAACAUAUUCUUGCGUGGGUGUUUGGAAGAACGACGGAGUGGAGAUCAUUGCCAAUGACCAGGGCAACCGAACCACUCCAUCCUACGUUGCCUUCACCGAUACUGAGCGGCUGAUCGGGGACGCAGCGAAGAAUCAGGUGGCUCGAAAUCCUGAGAACACAGUCUUUGAUGCCAAACGAUUGAUUGGCCGCAAGUUUGCUGAUCCUAUCGUGCAGGCCGACAUCAAGUUGUGGCCAUUCAAGUGCAUUGCAGGUCAGGGCGACAAGCCGAUCAUUGUGGUGAAGGUGGAAGGCGAGGAGAAGAAGUACCAUCCAGAGGAAAUCUCCUCCAUGAUUCUGCUGAAGAUGAAGGAGACAGCCGAGGCCUACUUGGGCACCAAGGUGAAUGAUGCAGUUGUCACGGUGCCGGCCUACUUCAACGAUUCUCAGCGCCAAGCCACCAAGGAUGCGGGAACGAUUUCCGGCAUGAAUGUGCUGCGCAUCAUCAACGAGCCCACUGCCGCAGCCAUUGCAUAUGGCCUGGACAAGAAGGGCACUGGUGAGAGGAACGUGCUCAUCUACGACAUGGGUGGCGGCACCUUCGAUGUGUCGCUGCUGACCAUUGAGGAUGGCAUCUUUGAGGUCAAGGCCACUGCAGGAGACACUCACUUGGGAGGUGAGGAUUUUGACAAUCGCGUGGUGGACUUCUGCAUGCAGGACUUCAAGCGCAAGAACCGUGGAAAGGACUUGGCGGGAAACCAGCGAGCCAUCCGCCGACUGCGCACGCAGUGUGAGCGUGCCAAGAGGACCCUGUCCUCCUCCACGCAGGCUACCAUUGAGAUUGACUCCCUCUUUGAGGGCAUUGACUACAGCUGCUCCUUGUCUCGGGCACGCUUUGAGGAGCUGUGCAUGGACUACUUCCGCAACUCCAUGGGCCCUGUGGAGAAGUGCCUCAAGGACUCAGGCAUCGACAAGAAGAGCGUGCACGACGUCGUGCUGGUGGGUGGCUCCACGCGCAUCCCCAAGGUGCAGUCCAUGAUCCAGGAGUUCUUCAACGGCAAGGAGCCGAACAGGUCCAUCAACCCAGACGAGGCUGUGGCAUAUGGUGCGGCGGUGCAGGCAGCUAUCCUGACUGGCGAGGGCUCAUCCCAAGUGCAGGAUCUCCUGCUUUUGGAUGUGACGCCGCUCUCCAUGGGCUUGGAGACUGCAGGUGGUGUGAUGACCAAGUUGAUUGAGCGCAACACAACUAUCCCGACCAAGAAAGCUCAGACCUUCACGACCUAUGCGGACAACCAGCCGGGUGUCUUGAUCCAGGUCUUCGAGGGUGAGCGCGCCAUGACCAAGGACAACAAUCUGCUGGGCAAGUUCCACCUUGAUGGCAUUCCUCCGGCUCCCCGGGGUGUGCCGCAGAUUGAGGUGACCUAUGACAUCGAUGCCAACGGAAUCUUGAACGUGAGCGCCUCCGACAAGUCCACUGGAAAGUCCAACCAGAUCACCAUCACCAACGAGAAGGGCCGACUGUCGCAGUCGGAGAUCGAUCGUAUGGUGCAAGAGGCAGAGAAGUUCCGUGCCGAGGAUGAGGCCAACAAGCAGAAGAUCGAGGCCAAGAACGGCUUGGAGAAUUACUGCUUUACCAUGCGCAACACCUUGAACGAGGAGAAGCUGAAGGACAAGUUCGAGGGUGGUGAUAAGGAGAAGAUCGAGUCUGCGGUGCAAGAGACGCUGGACUGGCUGGACAAGAACCAGUUGGCUGAGAAGGACGAGUUUGAGGCCAAGCAGAAGGAGUUGGAGGGCGUUGUGAACCCCAUCAUGAUGAAGGUGUACCAGGCUGCUGGCGGCGGUGGCAUGCCGGAAGGUGGCAUGCCAGGCGGUGGCAUGGGCGGCGCCCCUGGCGGCAACAGCGGCCCAACUGUUGAGGAGGUGGACUAAUUCGACUUAGGCAUCAAGCACAAAGUGCUCGAGCAGGUGUGGGAACCAAGCUCACAACCAACAUUUGUCUUUGGGCAAUUGGCAAUGUGCCAACGCCCAUCAAAAACCUGUGCACGGAGCAGAAUGAUUGUAAGCUGCGCGAAAGCAAUUGCCAAGGACGAAGUGAAG